GUGGAACUGACAGGCAGCAGUGUGUUUGACUAUGUCCAUCCUGGAGACCACGUGGAGAUGGCUGAACAGCUGGGCAUGAAACUUCCCCCAGGGCGAGGCCUACUCUCGCAGGGCACAGCAGAGGAUGGAGCCAGUUCAGCAUCUUCAUCUUCUCAGUCUGAGACCCCUGAGCCAGAUACAGAUACAGCUGUUACUCUUAGUGUGGCCAAAUUUUGUGCUGUGGCUUGUCCAGUCCACCAAAUGACUCUUCAGGAAUCGGUGGAAUCUACAAGCCCAAGCCUACUUACAACUGACAACAAUCUAGAGCGUUCUUUUUUCAUUCGGAUGAAAUCUACAUUGACCAAGCGAGGUGUACACAUAAAAUCUUCAGGAUAUAAG